GCCAUGUUUGGUCGCGCUCGGGAUCUGGUGUGAGAUAGGUUUUGCGUCUGUCAGGGUCGGUCCUGGUUCAGUAGCGUGAGCAGCCCUCGGGGCUAUGGGCGCUACUCUAGAUCUCCUACCGCUCCAGGCCUCUCCGCCCUCCCUGGGCUGUACCAGCCGCGCGACUUUCUGUAGCAGCGUUGUGCUGUGGGCCUCCCGCCGCCGCCGCCACCGCUUUGCUAUAGCCGCCGCCGCGUCCUCCGAGAGCCCGGCCCACCCCUCCGGGUUGCACCUGGUCCGGGGCCGGUUUCCGCCACCCGGGGUCGGGAAGGCUGGGUAGGUGAACUGGACCUGGGUUUCGGAGCAAUAACAGAUCCCAGAUGUGGCAAAGGGAGAACUAGUCCAAUCUAAGCAGCUGGAGACCUUGGGCGACCAUCUUGCACAUCCUAUGCAAUCACAGAUAAGGAUUUCAACUGCUCUGAUUGGUAUGUGGACCAAACAUUAUUCAUCUGCCUCCAGAGUGCCUAGUGGCCCUGCUUCCAGCUCCAUCCCUCUUACUUAGAAUUCCUCUAAGUGGCUUCUUGGGCUUAGAACGGACAUUCACGUAGACUUCCAGAAGCUGGAGCAAGGAAAUGGUAAUCCAAGAAGCUGGAUUAUGUGAAGAACUUGGUAUCAGGAUUGGAGAAAGAGUCAUUAACCUGUGAUAUAUAGAUAAGACAGCCUUGUUGAAAGCAAAGAGGACUUGAAGCACUUACUGAUGAAAAUCAAAGACUACAGUCUUAUGUAUGGGUUACACCUCAACAUAAAGAAAACAAGAAUCCUCACAACUGGACCAGUGAGCAACAUCCUGAUAAAUGGAGAGAAGUUGUGAAGGAUUUCGUUUUACCUGGAUCUACGAUAAGUGCCCAUGGAAACAGCAGUGAAGAAAUCAGGGUUUUCCCUUGGCUAAAUCUGCUACGAAAGACCUCUUCAAAGUGUUGAAAAGCAAAGACGUCACUUUGAGGACUAAGGUGCGCCUGACCCCAAACCAUGGUAUUUUCCGUCAUGUCAUGUGCAUCUGAAUGCUGCACAAUGAAUAAGGAAGACCAAAGAACAUUCAUGUAUUUGAAAUGUGGUGUUGGUGAAGAGUAUUCAGUAUUCCAUAGACUGCCAGCAGAAUGUACAAAUCUGUCUUCGAAGAAGCACAGAAUGCUCAUUAGAAGCAAGGAUUGCAAGACUUCAUCUCACGUACUGUGGACGUGUUAUCAGGAGGGACCAGUCCCUGGAGAACAACAUCGUGCUUCGUAAAGCAGAGGAGUUGGCAGAAAACUGGAAGACCCUCAACAGGGUGGAUUGACACAGUGGCUGCAGCAGUGGGCUCAAACAUAGCAUUGAUUAUGGGGAUGGUGCAGGACUGGGCAGUGUUAUACAUGGGGUCAUUCUGUUAUACAUAGGAUCGUUAUGAUUUGGAACUUACUCGUGGUCACCUAACAACCACCAGAACGUAUAUGAUAUUUUUGACUAAGCCCGCAUGCCGUAUUCCUUUGACAACCUUGGCUCUUUGUGAACAUUUGGGGUGGUGUUUUCUUUUUGUUGUUGUUAUUGAUUUACCUGUUUAAAAUUUUUCUAUUUUUACCUUUUUUCUUUUUUUUUGCUUCUCUUUUUUGGUAUGUACAGGCUACAGCAUCUAGGAUAACAUUGAAUAGGAAUGGAGUAAAUGGGUGGUCUUGUUUUUUACCUGCUUUUACUGGGAAACUGUUGAACUUUUCAGUAUGUAUGUUCUUUGAUAUACAUUUUUUUGUAUACACUCAUUUUCAGAUUUGUACGUGUUUUCAUUUCUAAAUUUGAUAACUGUUUUGACAUACUUGCAGGAAAAUUUAUAAUAGAUGUAUAGUUGAGUGAAAUAUAAAAUGAAUAUUCAUCUAAUGGAAAUACCCUCCCUCUUGACUCACCCCCUCAUGAGUUGAUGUUCAGUCAUAAUCACCACUCUGUGCUCUUGAUGUAAUCAGUAUGUCAUUUAUGAUUAUUUCUUUGUUUUUAAAUAUUUUUAUCACCUGUGUAUGCAUCCCUGAGUAAAUAUAUUUUUUUAUUAUUUUUUUUUUUAAAAAUAGAAUAAUAAUGUAUUACUUUUUAUGUCAAUCCCUUUAGUUUAAAUUUACAUUAAGAAGACUCUUCCAUGGGUCAUUCAUUCACUUUAUUUGGUCUCUUGUAAGAAUAUACUGUCAUAACAAGUCUAUUUCUUGAAGAUAUUUGGGAAGCUUCUAUUUUGGGGGCAUUACAAUACUUCUAAGGUUUUACCUCUUAUAUUUAGGCCGUUGAUCCGUUUUGAAGUAAUUUUUGUAUAUGGUGUGAAGAAGGGAUCCCACUUCUUUCUUUUGCCUGUGGAAAUCAGUUGCCACAGCACCAUCUGUUGAAGAGACUCUUCUUUCCCCUUAUAAACAAACUUUUAAAGGACUUUCUUUUUUAUAUACCUUACCCUCUUUUACUUAACGGUUUUCAUGUAAUGUUCUCCCGUGUCUUUUUGAGACUCGAUAGCUCAUUUCUUUUUAUUGGUGAAUAAUAUUCCAGUGUAUGAAUUCACCACUGUCAUCCAGUGGUAGAAUUCUUGCCUUCUAUGUCAGACCCAGGUUUGAUUUCCUGGCCAGUGCACCUCAAGCACAGCCACCAUCUGUCAGUGGAGGCUUGAGUGUUGCUAUGAUGAUGAAGAACAGUUUUCAGUGGAAAGUCCAUACUAAGACAGUACAAAGGCCUGGUGAUCCACUUACAAAAAAACAGCCUAUGAAUCACAGCAGUCCAAUCCCCUUGCAUGUGGGGUUGCCAUGAGUUGGUGACCAAUUGGUGACCAACUCUAUGGCAACUAGUAACAGGAACAACAUGGACGUACCACAAUUUGCUUAUCCAUUCACCUAUUGAAGGGCGUCUUGGUUGCUUUCAAUUUUUGACAGUUAUGAACAGAGCUGCUAUAAACAUUUGUGUGCAGGUUUCUAUGCGGUAGUGAUGUUUUCAGCUCAUUUGGAUAGAUACCAAGGAGUGCAACUGCUGGGUCAUAUGCUAAGAGUAUGUUUAAUUUUGUAAGGAAUUGCCAAACUGUUUUCCAAAGUGGCUGUUCCAUUUUGCAUUCUCACCAGCAGUAAAUCAGAGUUCCUGUUGCUGUACAUCCCCUUGGUGGUGUCAGUGGUUUGGAUUUUAGCCAUUUUAAUACAUGGGUGAUGAUAUCUUAUUGUUUUAAUUCGCAAUUCGCUCAUGACACAUGAUGUUGAACAUCUUUUCAAAUUAUUUUCAACCUGUAUGUCUUUGGUGAGGUGUCUGCUUUGCCCAUUUUGUAAUUGGGGUUUUGUUUUCUUAUUUUUGAGUUUUAAGAAAGAGUUCUUUGUAUACUUUCAAUACCAGUUAUCAUAUAUGUUUUGCAAAGAUUUUCUCCCAGAUUGUGGUCUGUCUUUUCAUUUCUUGACAAUGUCUUUGCAAAGCAGAUUUUUUUUUUUAUCUUAAUGAAGCCCAGUUAAUUAAAAAAAAUUGGGGCAGUGUCAUUGAUCAUACUUUUAUUGUUGUAUCUAAAAACUUAUCACCAAAAUCAGGAUCACCUAGGUUUUCUCCUCUGAUACCUUCUUGGAGUUUUAUGGUUGUCAUUGAGAUUUAGGUUUUUGAACCAUUUUGAGUUAAUGUUCAUGAAAAGUGUGUAAGGUCUGUGUCUAGAUUUUUUUUUUUGAGAACAGUUGUUUUAGCACCAUUUAUUGAAAAGGCUGUCCUUUCUCCAUUGAAUUGCUUUGGCCCUCCUUUCUUAAAGAUCAGAUAAUUAUGUUUGUUGUGUUUCUGUUUCUGAGCUCUUUCUUCUGUGCUGUUUAUCUGUUUAUUAUUUUGGAAAUACCACACUGUCUUGAUUAGUGUAGCUUCAGAUUAAGUCUCGAAGUGGUGUAGUGUCAGUCUUCCAACUUUGUUCUUCUCAAUAUCAUGUUGGUUCUUCUGAGACUUUCGUCUUUUCAUGUAAGUGUUAGAAAAAGUUUGUACAUAUCCACGAAAUAACUUGGUGGGGCUUUGACUGGAAUUGCAUUAAAUCUGUAGAUUAAAAUGGGAAGAACUGACUUCUUAACAAUAUUGGGUUUUCCUGUCUAUGAACAUGAAAUAUCUCUUCAUUCAUUUAGAUCUUCUUUGAUUUAUUUCAUCAGCAUUUUACAGUUUUUCUCAUAGGUCUUUUACAUAGUUUCUUAGCUUUAUACUAUUUCUUAUUUUUGUUGUUGCUGAUGGUGUAAAUGCCGUUGUGUUUUUAAUUUCAAAUUGCAAUUGUUUUUUUUACUAUUUUAUAGGAAAGUAAUUGACUUUUGUGUAUUAACCUUUAUCCUGCAAUUUUGUUAUGUUGGAUUAUUGGUUUCAGGAGUUUUUUGCUGAUUGUUUGGAAUUUUCUACAUAGAUAAUCAUUUCAUCUGCAAACAGAGACAGUUUUAUAGCCUCCUUACCAGUCUGUAUAUUUUCUUUCCUUUUCUUGUCUUAUUCCAUUACCUAGGACUUCUAGUAAAUAGGAGUGGUUAGCAAGGACAUCUUUGUGUUGUUACUGAUCUUAGUAGGAAAGCGUCUAGUUCCUUGCCAAUAAUUAUAAUGUUUGUUGUAGGUUUUUAGUAGAUGUUCUUUAGCAAGCUCAGGACAUUUCUUUCUUCUCCUAGUUUGCUGAGAAUUUUUAUCCUGAAUGGGCGUUGGAUUUUGUCAUAUACUUUUUUUUUACAUUUGUUGAUAGGUUCAUGUGAUUUUUCUUCUAUAAUCUGUGGAUGUGAAUGACUAUAUUAAUUGAUUUUCUAAUGUUGAACCAGCCUUUUAUGCCUGAAAUAAAUUCCAUUUGGUCAUGGUGUGUAAUUGUUAUGUGUUGGUAGAUUUAAUUUCCUAGUAUUUUCUUGAGUUUUGGAUCCAUGUUCAUGAGAGACACUGGUCUGUAUUUUUCUCUUUUAGUGUCUUUGGUUUUGGUCAUAAAAUUAGUUUGGAAGAAUUUCCUCUGCUUCUGUUUCGUAGAAGAGGUAGCAGAGAAUUGGUAUACUUUUUUCAUGAAAUGGUUCCUAGAAUUCAUUAGUGAACCCACGUGAGCCGGGUGCUUUCCCUUAUGUGGUCUUUUGCCUUUGGCUUUUAGGAAAUCAACCUUAGGGAAUUUCCCAAGUAAUUGACUAUGCUCCAGGAGUUGGUACCUUUGCCCGUCAUUUCUGGAAAAGCAAUUUAUGGGAUUUCUUGUGUACCCCUGGGGCACUGGUCUGGCUAGAGUGCCCCGCCUUGUAACAUGGACUAGUUUAUAAAAGCCCUGGAGUAGGAAGGUUUGGGGGCUUCAUGGUUGACGAGAGCCAGGAGAGAUUAUGCAUCCUUUGGAAUAUGGAAGUCUUGUACUGAAAACCCCCUGCAAAAACCUGGUUGAGAAUAAUACUGGCUGUGAAGCAGCACCUGGAGAGAGAAGCUAUACCUACCAAGAGAAGUGGCAGUGACUGAGAGAAGCAACACCAGUUGAUCACUAGCCAAGAGAAGCAGCACCAGCCGAUCACAGCUGAAAGCAGUAGCGCUAGACAAGAGUGAUCCGAGACCUGUUUCAACCAGGAAGCUAUCUUCUCUGAGAACUGUCUAGAGCUUUUUCAGCAGGGAGCAUGUCUGUUCCAAGAGCUGUCUGAGACCUGUUCCAGUGUGGAGCUUGUCAGCUCUGAGAACUGUUCCACUGGGGAGUUUAACUGUUACAGGAUCUGCCUGGAGUUUUUCCGGCGGGGUGCUUGUCUGCUCUGAGAGCUUUUUGCUCCGAUAGCUGCCUUGAUUCAUUAGGAAAGGGUUAUACUCUCCACUUUGGAGACCCAUCUAGACUCUCUCCAUGUACCACUUCCUGACAUUGAUCCUGAGUUGUAUCCUACUAUUUCUGGGUUGUUUCCUGUUACUCCUGAGUUGUAUCCAUUUACCCUAAUACACCAUACAACCGUAUGUAUAGUCUGUGUGUUCUGUGAGAUAUUGCAGCAAGUUAUCAAACCCAGAAGAGAAAGAGAAUGCCGUAAGGAUAGCAGCUGGUGUCAGAAAUGAUAGAGAAGUUGGAAAGGGAGGGAGGGUUAUACUUGAACUCCACCUCGUAGGAACCAACUUUAUCCUGAUCCCUAUGUUCUGAGUAACCAGUUUAGCUCCUCUUUAGGAAGGUGUUUUCUUCACCUUAGGCCUCUUUUAGUAUUUUCUCUUUAAUUUUCUGUAGUUUGAAUAUGAUAUACCUAGGUGUAGAUUUUUUGGUAUUUAUCCUGCUUGGUGUUCUCUGAACUUCCUGAAUCUGUGGUUUGGUGUCUGUCAUUAAUUUUGUAAAAUUCUCAUCUAUUAUUACCUCAAAUAUUUCAUUUUUUUGUUUCUACUUUCUUUCCUUUCUGGUAUUGUUACAAGGCAGGCCUUUCCAGCUUGGAACUAAGCCCUGCUUCUUCUAUCAAGAAUGACCAAGAGAGACUCAGAGGUUCCACAUGAGUAAAGAUUUAUUAGGGACAGAGUAAAACGCUCACGAGGGAGAGAGGGAGAGGGUUUUCCACCUAUGCUAGCCUCCAGUCUCUGACUGGACAAAGGAUUCCCUAGGGCUUGUAAAAGUUUUUAGGAGGGAAAAAGGUAUUCUUUAUUUAUUAGAUGGGUGGAGAUUUCCAGGAGAAGGGGAGGGAUUAUGAAAUUCUAACUGCACACGCAGUUAGAAUUCAAGACGGACUUCCUCGAAGAGAUUGCUGGAACCAAGAUGGAGUCCGUCACAGAGGCUGCCAGGAUGUUGAACAGGACUUACUCUUGGAUGUCAUGCGUGCGUGAUGCCUCUGGAUCUUGGUUCAAGCCCCGGCAAGAGGUCCCUGCUCAUGUUUGUCUCAUGUGGAAGGUCAUUCAUAGUCCACAUUGAUCUUUAGUGUGCAUGCUCUGCACCUGGUGAGGCCUUGAAAAACAACUCAGAAGGCUUAUCAGUAAUUUAAGUAAUUUAUCAAGUAAUUUAUCAAGCACACAGAGCUUUGAAAUGUAGCCCCUUACCUUGUCUAAGCACCUAGUUUGUUAAUCACAAGUAGUUCUCGGGUGCCAGCAGUAAAAGUUAUAUGGUGGUCUGCACUUAGGUUUAGAUGUAAUUAUAGCUGGUCGAGCACACAGGGCCUUGAAAUGUAGCCCUUAUUUAGUUCAGCCAACCCAGUCUCUUCCCUGUCUCAGUAAUCCCAAUACAUGUAUGGUCUACCUUUUCUAAUUUUCCCACAGUUUUUGGAUAUUCUUUUCCAUCUUUUUCAUUCUUUUUCUCUUUUCAUUUCAGUUUUGGAAAUUUCUAUUGACAUAUCUUCAGGCUCACUAGUUCUUUCCUUGGCUCUGUCUAGGCAUUUGAUGAACUUGUUAAAAGCAUUCUUCAUUUCUGUUGCAGUAUUUUUGAUUUCUAGCAUUUCCUCUGAAUUCUUUGUUCUACUUCCCAUUCAUGUGGUUACAUUAACCAUCUGUUAUUACAUGUUAUGUAUUUUAUUUGUAAAACUUUAUGUAUAGCCCCUAGUAUGUUAAUCAUAGUUACAUUGAAUUUCCAGUCUAGUAAUUCCAAAACCUCUGCUCUAUCAGUGCUAUAUGCUUUUUCUUUGUCUCUUCAAGCUAUGUUUUUGGUUUUUUAGUGUACCUUGUAAUUUAUUUUGAAAGCCAGAGAUGAUGUACUAAGCUAAAGGAACUGGGGUCAAUAGGCCUUUAAUGUGAGGCUUUUUCUUUAUCUGGCUAGAAGUUAGGCUGUUUACUGUUUGUUGUAGGUGCUAGAGGCCAAAAUGUUCUCUGAUUUUCUUGUUUUUGUCUUUCAUGUUGUGCAUGGGUUUCCUGGAGACUUCUUAAAUAAGGCCUGAGACUUGGGUUCUUUCAGUUUUAAUCUCCUGUUAUUCUAUACGAGCUGUACUGAUGUGUUGAGGUGUGGGGGCAGGGAAGCAUUCUAUAGUCCAAUUAUUAGGUCUCAGUCUUUUAGUGAGCCUAUGCUCCUGGGCAGUGCCCUCACAAAUGGUUUCCUGCUUCUCCUCUACCCCAUUUUGGUGAGACAGAAAACCUGGAUGGGGCUGCUGUUGGAUAUUUCCUUACUCCCCGUAAGUUCCGAAAAAGUAAGACUCUGGUAAAAUAGUUUGCCUUGAAGCCAGGCCUUAUUAAAGGGGAACAGAAUAAUUUGGGUGAGUUUCAAAAUGAUAACAUUUCCUCUUCCCCCGUUUAUUUUCAUAUUAUUUUAUACUGUUUACUUAUGGUGCUUUAUUUUUCCAGUGUCCUGAGUUCGUAUGUUUAGGCUAUUGCUAAUGACCUUGUCUUUUCUGGGAAUAAGCAACGAGUCUUCCCUUUCCUGGGUAUUGAUUUAGGAGAUAAAAUUGAAGCCAUUAUUCCCUGACCUUGAGCAUAAAAAAUGUGACUCAGCUGGAGCGGGACUCAGAAGGACACAUCAACUGGGCCCUGAAGUAUAAAGACAGUAGCAAAGACAAUCUUGGCAAACAUCUUUUAGGGAACCUUUCACAUAAAGAAAUCAUAAACAGCACUAAAGACCCACAUAUUUUCCACUCUUAUCUUUUUCUGUUAGCAUUAAGUAAAUAGUAUGAUUUGUUGGACCAAUGAAGACCCUCCUGACUAUCAUUACUGAAACCUUUACCAGUGAUUAUUAAGAAAUUCAAAAUGUAGAAUUACAGUGAUUUGGCAGUUUUUAGCCCAUCUGUGAAAGGUAAAACUUUCAAUGACUUUACCCAGCUGUAAUGUUAAUAUAUACUGAUGGUUCUGUAACAUUCUUUGGACUCGGAUAGACAUGGCUCUGGCAGCAUGCUUGUCUGUUUCCUACUUUUGCCUCUUUGAACGUAUGUCAAAUAAAACCUUUCUUUUUGCUUUAUUAUAACUUUGUGAUGAUUUUACACUAGAACAGUAUAAAAGUCAGUGGAGUCCUUUGGCUUCUAUGUCUCUUAGGUGGGACUUGUUGAAGUUGACAAGCAUGCGAAAUCUGUCAGAGUUUGCAAAAUCAUCAGUCUGCUUCCAAGUUUUUAGAAUUGAAAAUGUGAUGUCUUUUUCCUUAUCAAGCCAGGUUUCUGAAUCUGUGAUUUGGUGUCUCAUUAAUUUUGUAAAAUUCUCAGCCAUUGUUACCUCAAAUAUUUCAUCUGUUUCUACUUUCUUUCCUUUCUGGUAUUCCCAAUACACGUAUGGUCCACCUUUUGUAAUUGUCCCACAGUUCUUAGAAAUAGCUACUGUUUUCUAAAAUAAUUAUUUUGCAUGUCCCUGCACAGACUCAUUAAAGAUAAAUAUGCUCGUGUUACUCGCUGCUUAUCCCCUUAGUGUGUUGCAUUUUCCAUAGAACUUAUCACCGCUUGACGUUAUGUUUUAUUUGGUUAUUUACGGUCUGCUUCCAAAGAAUUUAUGAUCCAUGUGCAUCUGGAUAUUUGUUUUGUUCACUGCUUUGCCCACAUGAAAUAGGCUCUUUGUCAGUAUUAAGUCAGUUUUAAUAAAUGAAGGAGCUAGAGGUAAGGGUCUGAAGGGAAGUAGCCUUGCCUGAGACACAGGGAUUUGCUGGGAGAAGGAGCGUCAUGUUGUUUGAAUUGAGUAGGAUGUUUCUUUUGUGUCCUUUCCUUGGUACCUUGCAGGGCCCUAGGUCAUCCAUGGUGGUGUUGGAGAACAACAAGCAGAAUAACAACAAAACUGUGCACAUAUGAACAGAAAUGUACUUGUCAGGAAUUUAGGCUUCAAAGUCAAAUUGACCUGCAUUCUGAACCUGGCUCAGUAAUAUUCACCUGCGCAACAUUUAGCAGGUGAUUGAUUGAUUGAUUAUAACUUUCCUCAGCUGUAACUGUUUGAAAUAAUAUGUUGAUGAGAGUCAUAAGCUGUUGUGUCAAGAGCUUUUUGCAAAAACUUUCAUGUUUCAUAGAUGCUCAACAAAUGGAACAUGUUGUCUCUAAUAUAUUGUAGUAAUGAAUGCUAGGGUGUUUGAUGGCUUAAAUAUGUGUUAUCUGGCCCACUGCAGUGGUGGUGACUUUUGAAUUUUGGUUCUUGAUCUAGACAGCUCACUUCACUCCCUGCCCUGACAAGAGGAGUCGUCUUAUUCUACAGCUGGUCUGCUACUCAGUCUAAUUUUAGCAUCAGAAGUACAGUGUGGCAUCCUUUUCUCUCCUCACUACCUGUGGAAGCCAGUGGGUUGAAGCAGUUUUUUAGAGGCCAGUCCCAAGGCCAGAGGAUACUAGUAGUGAGAGUAGGGAAGUAUUUCUUGUGUGCUUCCAGAAAAAAAUAACCAAACCGAUUGCCGUUGAGUCAAUUCCAACUCAUAGCAACCCUAUAGGACAGAGUAGAACUACCCCAUAGGGUUUCCAAGGAGCACCUGGUGGAUUUGAACUGCCAGCCUUUUGGUUAGCAGCUGAACACUUAACCACUGGCACCAUCAGGGCCUUCCAGGGGCUGCAAAUGUGAGAAAAUUUUGUAGUGGAACCUCUGGAGAGAUGGUGAAUAAGUCUUUAUUUCCUAGGAUUCAUGGGCAGUUUAACAACUUAACCCUCUGUAUGUCAAUUAACUUAAAAUAGGAAUUUUUGGGUGUGGUGAAAACAUACAUAUAUAACAAAGUAUUUGCCAAUUCAGCAAUUUCGACAUAUAUAGUCCAGUGAUACUGAUACGUUCAUCAUGUUGUACGUCCAUUAAAAAUGAGAAUCUUAACCUCUCUUCACAGUCAGUAAAUGCAGUGGCAUGCAUUCUGGUUCUUGCAGAGAUAGGGCUUUUUGCCAUGACAUUAGAGUGUGUUUGCAUAGAUGUCUGGUUUUACGUUUGUUGAGAGGUGCUGUCACUAAUAACUGGUGUAUCGUACCAUUGGGUCUCAAAAUGUGAGAAUUCUGGGGCUAUCUGGAUUCUCAUGUUUUCUGUGUCUCACCUCAGCUCUGUUUAACUUUUCAGUACCUUUCCAUGACUUCAUAAAAGGAACAGAGAGGAUGACAGUGUAACUGCUGAGUUGAUGCAAAAUAGGUGACAGACGUGUAAGAAUUUAUAAUUGUCAAAAAGAAUAUUUUCUUUUUGGCAGGUAGUCCUGUCACCUCCUGAUCACCUGGAGUUCUUCGAGAAUAUACUGCUACCCGAGGCCCUUGGGUUGCCGGUUUGUCUGGACCCCUGAGCCUACCAUGGCUAGUAAGGACUCAGUGGUCAUUGAGGAUGUGGCCGUGGACUUUACCCAGGAAGAGUGGGCUUUGUUGGAUCUUGCUCAGAGGAAACUCUACAGAGAUGUGAUGAUGGAAACCUUCAGAAACCUGGCAUCAGUAGUGUCUCAAAACCUUAAUGAUGGAGAAAAGUUAUCCAGUGAACAGAUAAUAGUACAAUUAAUGAAGAAUGGCACCUGGCCCUCUGUGGUAAGAGAAAUCUUUGAAUUUCAUGGCAUUGAAGACAAGCAUAACAACCAGGAGAGACAUAUGAGGAGGCAUACGUUAGAAAAGCUUCAUGAAAGUAAGGAAGGUAUUCAGUAUGGAAAAACCUUCAGCUGGAUUCCAAAUAUUACUGUGCUUAACAGAACUCUUCCUAAAGUAAAUUUUUCUGAACGCUGUAAGUGUGGAAAAUUCAUGGAUCGUUCAUCACUUAAGCAUCAUAUCAAAUCUCACAAUGGAUGCAAUAUAUGUCAGUGUAAGGAAUGUGGAAAUCUCUGCAGUUGUCCCUCUCGUCCAAGCGUUCCUAUGAGAACUCUUAUUGUAGAGAAACCCUGUAAAUUUAAGGUGUGUGGGAAAGACUUCAUUGGUAUCUCAACUGUUAAGAAUCAUGUGACAACGCUGACUGGAAAGAAACCCUGUGAAUGUAACAAAUCUGGUAGCUUCUCAUUCUUUGGAGCACAUAUGAGAGGUUAUAAGUGUGAAUGUAAAAAAUGGAAAAUCUGUACUCGUACCUCAUCCCUCACUUUACAUAAAAAAAUUCAUAGUAGAGUUAAGCCUGCUGAGUGUAUGGAAUGUGAGAAAGCCUCAUUCAUCGUUAAACACAUAAGAAAACACAACGAAGAGAGGCCUUAUGAAUGCAAGGAAUGUGGGAAGGCUUUUAGUCGUUCCUCAUCCCUCAUUACGCAUGUAAGAAUUCACAGUGGAGAGAGGCCUUAUGAAUGUGAGGAAUGUGGCAAAGCUUUUAGCCAUUCCUCAUCCCUUACUGAGCACAUAAGAACUCACAGUGGAGAGAGGCCUUAUGAAUGUAAGGAAUGUGGAAAAACUUUUAGUCGGUCCUCACACCUCAUUAACCAUGUAAGAACACACAAUGGAGAGCGGCCUUAUAAAUGUAAGGAAUGCGGGAAAGCCUUUAGUCAUUUCUCAAUCCUCACUAGGCAUAUAAGAAUUCACAGUGGAGAGAGGCCUUAUGAAUGUAAGGAAUGUGGAAAAGCCUUUAGUCAUUCCUCAACCCUCACUAAACAUGUAAGAAUUCAUAGUGGAGAAAGGCCUUAUGUAUGUAAGGAAUGUGGGAAAGCCUUUAGUUGGGCCUCAUCCCUCACUAUACAUAGAAGAACUCACAGUGGAGAGAAGCCUUAUGAAUGUAAGGAGUGUAGGAAAGUCUUUAGUAGUUCCUCGUCCCUCACUGAACACAUAAGAACUCACAGUGGAGAGAGGCCUUAUGAAUGUAAAGAAUGCGGGAAAGCCUUUAGCCAGUCCUCAUCCCUCACUAAACAUAUAAGAACGCACAGUGGAGGGAGGCCUUAUGAAUGUAAGGAAUGUGGAAAAGUCUUUAGUAAUUCCUCAUACCUCGCUUUUCACUUAAAAAUUCACACAGGACAAAAACCUUUGUAAUGUGAGGAAUAGGGGAAAGCCUUUAGUCAGUUCUCAUGCCUCAGUACACACAGAAGAACUCACAAUGGAGAGUGACCUUUUGAAUGUGGGAAAGCCAUUUGUUGUUCCUUAUUCUUCAGUAAGCAUAAGAGCUCACAGUGGACAGAGGGCUUAUGGAUGGAGGGACUGUGGAAAAGUCUCUAGUUAUUCCUCCUCUCUCUAUAAACAUACUAACUCAGAGUGGAGAGGUUUGUUUAGAAUGUGAGGAAUAUGGGAAUGUCUUCUGAUGUCUCUCAUCUUUUGGAACACAUUUGAGCAGGCAUUCUGGAGAAAAACGAUAUAUGUGUAAGUAGUUUUGGCUAGCUUUCAUUCCUUAUUUUUUCACAAACCUGAAAGAAGAUACAUGGCAGAGAAGCCAUGUAAGUUUAAGGAAUGUGGGUAAUUUUUUUUCCUCCAUUCUUUGAAAAACAUUUGAAUUCAUGCACAUGGAAAAGCUUUUCCUGCCUAACCCUACUGAACAUGUGAGGAGUGACCAUGGGGAGACAUCGUUUAAUGUAAGGUACCUGGAAACAUCUACGUAUCUUUUUCCAUUCUUAGACAACAUGUGAAACAUUACACUGUGCAUUGAGCCUGUGAACGUAAAAGAUAAUGAAAGCUUUCUCAGGAUGCUGUGAAGUGAUAAAUUACCUUGCAGUAAACAAUUUGGCCUUUUUUUGUCUUCCUGAGAUAAAUGGGUAUGGGACCGCCAAGCCGGAGGGGAGUAAGACCGCCACAAGGUGAGGCCAAUAAAAAAAAAAAAAAAUUUUUUUUUUUUUAAUGCAGAGGCUCGGUGAGCUUCCUGGUUGAUGCAAGACAUCCAUGCACGUGGGAAGGUAGUACCUCUCUGGGGACUUUCCCAGAUCUCACCCUAAACAUCUCUUCAUUUGUGUCUUUUGCACUGUGUUAAAGCUGUUACUGCAGGCAUGGUACUCUCCAUGAGGUGUGUCAGUUGUUCUAGCACAUAAUGAAACCCAAAGGAAUUAGUGGGGCCAACCUGUCCGAAGUGGAAGGACAGGUUAGACUCCCGAGCUUGAGGCUGGCUUUGGCCUUUUUGGCAGUCUGAGUGCUGACCUAUCCCCAGGUGGCUAGGGUCAGUGAGAAAUUGUGUGCCACAUAGGCAGCUGGGUUCAGAAUUGAACAGGAAAGGGAAGUCUGAGAUUUCCCCAGGAUGCAAUUGGCAUGUAGAGUAGGAUUUAUAGUCCACCACAAGUUGGCAUCAGAGGUGAGAUAUGUCAUUCUACCCAGAAUGUAAAUAUGUAUGAGAGCUCACGCACUGGAGAGAUGCUGCGAUUGUAAGCAUUGUGAGAAUGCGUUCAAUCAUAUCAUUUUCCUUUUUGUGCACGAGGAAAUCUCAACCAGAAGAAUCUUAUCAAAGUUACAAAUGUAGAGUGUACAGUGCCUUAUCCCCGUGUGCGUUCAUUUCCACUUUGUAUUUUCUGAUGUAAACAUUAAGAUGAUAAAUAUCAUUCUAAGUACUCUUGUGAUUCUGUGACAUGGAAUUUGGUAAGUAGUGUUUGUAUUUUGCCUCAUUUACAUAAAAGUUAAUUAGAACAUCUCAUCAACACAUGGGUGUGUUGAAGUGUGUUAUCUUUUUUCAGGGUGUAUACCACUAAGUUCUCAUGUUAGAAAAUUUGAUUUUAAUUGAAAACUGUAUGGAAAAGCAAAUAUUACUAAAAUCUCACCACUCUUGGUAUUUUAGAACUUCAUUUCGGCCUUCCUUGUAUGCAGAGCAAUGUUUUUAACAGAAUCAGGGUUGUACUGUAUGUUCAUUCUUGUAGUGGAUAUGUUUUGUGUUGGAUCUCAUUUAUUCUUCCCAGCUACUAUCAUGAUCCCUGAUUUACUGAUGAGGAAACUGCAAAGAAAGUUUUAAGCCAAAAUCAUCUCACAGAAGUGUCUCUCUCUCAGAUAGGGUUGUGAGAAGCAGGACUUGCAUGGAAGAACAGCUCCUUCUUGGGCUAAAGGUGAUGGUGGGCCCACAUUCAGCCCCAACCUGACCUAGCUGCAGUGGAGCUGUCCUCACAGGCCCAGAGCCUGUGCUCACUGACUGAGCCCUGGUUUUAUGAUUCUGUCCAUCCAAGGGUGUGUCCCAGGCAGGGUGCUACAGCUGCAGUUUCUGGAUUCCACUUGGUAUGCACACCCACUGCAGGGCCUAGAGAAGAUGAGAGCCCAGCGAGGGUUCCUGUAUUAGUGGGGACAAUGCAGAGGGGCUUUUGAGCCUGCAGUUUAUCCAGCGCCACUCUGCCCCAUGCUGAAUUGGAAGCUGCCUCACUGACUCUUCAUGUAAGAGGCCUGGGAAAUGGUGGCCACAGUUAGUAGAAGCCUUCAAAUUAGACCUUCCUUUGACCUAGCAGUUCGCCUUUUAGAAUCAUCCUAUGGAAACUCCUGGACGUGACGGUAUGUGUUUAUAGUAGUGAUAGUGGAAACUCUGAGAGUUAGUGGCCACCAGGAAGAGAGUUGUAAGAUUAACACCUGGCCACACACCAAUAUACUGAGCUGCCACUAAAUGACUUUUUUCAGAAAAGUUUGCAUCACAAAAGAGGCAGUUGUAGCAUAAUGUUGUGUGAAAGGCAGGAUAUAAAACUGUGUGUACGUGAUGAUGGCAGUUUGUCAAACAUUUACAUAUAGAUGUUGUACAUUUUAUAAAGGCGGACAGACCAGUCUGUGGAGACGCUCCAUCCUAGAGCUUUAACAGGGAUUGUCCCCUAAAGGUGAGAUGAUAAGUGAUUCCUCAUUUUGCUUCUCUGUAAUUUCCGAUUUUCUUAGUCAUUGUUCAUUGCUUGUAAAAUCUUUAAAAUUUUUUUUUAAAUGUAAAAAUACUAAUUGUCUUUUGGAAUGCAUAGUUAUAUGACUUGACAAGCGCAUUAAGUGUUACAAUCAGCAGCCCAGUGAAAGUACAGAAUAGUGCUCCUCUUCCCUCUAAAACCCUCCCUCAUGCUGCCCCUUUUUAGUCAGGCUAUCUCCAGACUCUGAAUCCCUGGCAACUGUCUGUACAUUCUGGCCCUGUGUGGGCUGUUGAUUCUGGCUCCUUUCACUUAGCUUAAUUCAUUUGGGAGUCAUCCAUGUUGAUGGAUGCGGCAGGUGUUCCUCUUUAUUCUGGGUCGUAUUCUGUGAUACAGACAUACCACGGUUGGUGUAUUCACCAUUUGGAGGAUGUGGACUUCUGGUUGUUAUGAAUAAAGCUCAUAUAAACCGUCCUACAGAGACUUUGGAGCCCUGGUGGCAUAGUGGUUAAAAGCUGGGCUGCUAAACAAAAAGGUGGCAGUUCGAAUCCACCAGCCUCUCCUUAAAAAUCCUAUGGGGCAGUUCUGCCCUAUCCUUUCGGGUCACUAGGAGUUGGAGUUGACUCGACGGCAGUGGGCUUGGGGGGUACAGGCUUUCUGUGCACAGAGACAGGGACUCUUGUGGCUCUGCAUCUCCAGGGCCGGCAGGACUGCUGGCAGUAACAUCUGAAGGCAGAACCUGCCAUGUCUGGGGAAGAAGUGGAGGGUGCAGUGGGUAUGAGAGGUGGCUGGAUGGGCCGUGGCCACUGCAUGGGAGUUUGCUCCCAGUCUUGUAUCUGUCCUGCUCUUGCCUAGGGCCUGCUGGACCAUCUUGAGCCCAGGAGUCCCUUCCCUCUGCCCAGAGCUGUUGUUCCAUCAUUGCAUCAGAAGUCAGCCGCUCCAGUCCCUGAUGUACUGAGGCCUGGACAGGGGCAGGGUCUGCCAGUCUUGAACCAGGCCUAUGCAUCAUCCUUCCUCUGGGCAUUCUGCAAAAAAACUCACUCCUUACUCCCUGCCCUGAUGUGGCUCCUGCUCACUUCCCUCUCCUCUUUUGGAUUUCAGCUCAGAGGCCAGGCUUGAAUGAGCCACAGGCUUCUUCUAGAGUCUUUGCUGUGCCUGCCCUUAUGGGCCACUUACCUCAGGGCCUGGAGGGUGAGGCUGUGAGGGACAAAGACCUAGAGUCUGGGCUCUGCAGCGAGGCUGCCUGGUUCGGGUCUGGCUCCUGCACCUACCAGCUUGGGCCUGCCUAACCUGUUUCCCCAUAUGUUCAGAAGGAGUGAUAACAGAACCUUUUACAGACUGCUGAUAUGAGGAUGACGUCAGCCCACACCCACCAGGGACCUAGAUCAGGUCAGAUCCAGCAGAGAUGGGUCAGUGAGGGCUGGGCCAGUGUCCUGUGACUGUCUUCUGGCCCCUGGAUGAUGUGUUCCGUGAUCCCAGUGCCAGGGUGACCCCUUAGGGCCCUGACAACUCAGGAAGCUGGCAGGUUGGCACUGCUUCCUUUGCAGUGGUGCCUGGUGCACAUAGUCUGGGUUCCCAGUCUGUUAUCAGGUCCCAUGCCCGGGUGUGGAUGAUUCUGGCCUUGGCCUUUCCUCCUCCCUGAGUCCUGCUGGGAGAGGGAGAAGGUCCGAGCACAAGUCCAAAUCCAGAGCCUGGCAUCUGAGGCUCUUUGGCCCCAAAGUUGCUUAUUAGGCCCCUCGUCUCCCUCAGCCUUGUCCACAGCCAUUCCUUUGCCCAUACUAUUCCCUCCACCCAAAUGCCAAUCCUCCUCUACUCUGGGUUCUUAAAGUUUUACCCUCCUUUCAAGGCCCUGCUCCCUCUCACCUCCUCUGAGCAGGAGGCAUAGUCCCUGUACCCUGCCACAGAGGGGCAGAUGGGUGUGUACUGCACAGAACUCUGAGUUCGGUAACUCAGAAUGUUUAGAAAUAACAUUAAGUUAAAAUGGAAUUCCCUGAAGUAACAGUGAAUUUCCUGCUCACUGUAGCCACCACCAGGAAGCCUGCUGGGCUUUAGUGGGCCAGAUGGGUCCCAUCACCUGUGCUUGACUUUCACUGGCAGACCUUGAGCCUUGGUGGGUGAGGGCCUGGUUUGUCCUGCCCCAUCCUGAGGCCUCACCAGAGGAAGCUCUUAGCUUUUUUGCUAAGAGUAGGAAUGAAGCAGGAGGUUUGGAGUGAGGGGGCCAGAGGAAGGGCCACUACAGUGGGGUUGUUAGACCUUGGCAGUACCACUGAGGCCCCGGAGCCCCGGUGUGUGUCUGCUGCUGCUGCUGCUACUGUGCUCUUGGCCCAGAAGUGGGCUCCCCGAGCACUGGGCCACCCCAAACCACACUGGGCCCCUUAGCCCAAAAGUCCCCCAAAGGGGGAUGAGUCUGGUUUCUGCCCUGGCCUCAUGUUGAGGACCCCUUUCUUUCCUGGAGCACCUGCGCUAGCUAUUCCUCUUCAUGGGCUCAUCUCCCAGCAUGUUGGGACUUCUGUGCUCAGGGACAGACUGGGUGCAAUUGGAAAGGCCCUUCACCUAGGGCUAGGGUCAUGGCUGAAGGAGACUCUCUUUCCCCGGGGCUGCAGUGUGGGAGAUGAGAUUGUGCCCUUCGUGCUUGUUGUACCCUUUGCCCGCACUCUGUCCUCACCAAGGGUGUGUGCAGGCAGCACUGGGAGGACCCUUGCAGGGACGCCCUGAGGAGAUUGCUGCGUGGAGGUCCCUGCGUGUGUGUGGCUGGAACAGAAGGACCUUUAAUGCCUGCUCUGCCCCAAGCCUGAGGCGUGGCCCUGUGUCUCAUCCACACUGUCACCACGCAGCUCUGGCUCUGGAUCGUGGUCUUAGGACUCCAGACUGUCAGAGCUUGACUGAGGCCCUCCUUAAAGGCCCCUCCUCAAAAACUCUGGUGGCAGUUUUUCUCCAUCUCUUUCCCUUCCUGAUUACCUUUCUUCUUUCUUUUGGACUCCCAGGAUCGUGCCUGCCUCCCUUCCUGUUGUCCCUACUAACUGGAGGUCCGAACAUGGGAAAUUGGCAUGACCCUUCAUCCUGUGGGGGCUGCUGCCCAGUGCGGCCUUGUUAUCCAGACUUGAUUUGGAGAGGAACUGGAGCCAGAGGCUGCACUGUGGGUGCACAAAGGGGGCGGCUCAGGCUAACAUGGGGGUUAGAAAUGUGGGUGACACCGGAGCCGGGCUCCUGCAAUGACAGGCUGGAAACAGUGUUUGGAGGGUGGGAUGAUGACGGUGACCAGAGGGUUCCAGCAAGGCCUGCCCGAGGUGGCUGCAGGAUCAGGUCUCUGGCGCGGGCUUUGUGGCUGUUUGCACACUUCUGCACAUCGAUUUGCCCUUUGGCAGAUGGAGGAAUUGAGGUUCAGACAAGAUGGUCAGGGGCGUGUCCAAGGUAAUCCACAUGCACACACCAAGAGCUCUUUGAGGACAAGGACUUUAUCUUUUUCAUCUCUAGGUACCUAUCAUCUAUCUCUGACACUCGCUGAUUCCCCCCACCCCCACCCCCCUGAUCGUUCCACACACAUGCCCAUAGAACCCACCAGAUUUCCUCCAUCCCCCUCUCCAUGUCUGCUUCCCAAGCCAGAGAAGACAUGGAGACCCUGAAAAGUCCACCCUAAUCUUGCAGUCACCCUGUGCCAGCUUGCUGCUUUUCACCAGGAAAUCACUCAGACUGGCUGAACAUGUGUUGACAAGCAGUGAGUGUGCAGAUCUGCUUGAAUAAACAGACCACGGUGCUUCAUUUCCCAUCAGUGUGUCUACUGGGGGCUGCUAAAGGCCCCAACUCUACUUGUAUAAUCUGCUCACACAAUUAAUUUGCUCAGCAGGUCCUUUCAUCACAAUGUAAAGGCCCAUUUCAGCCUGUCCUUUUCCAGGUUAUUGUGAGUCUGGGAUGCAUGUGUUAUCGUCUUCACUUACACGGCCAGAGCAUCCCAGAGUUACGAGCAGAAAUCAGGGGUCCAAUUGGAGCCCUCCAGCCUCACCCCCACACCAUCCAGAAGCCCCAUUUAAAAGCAGAGCGAUGCAUCCUCAGAGCAUCCUGGUGUGGGGCAGCCUGAAUACUGGGGUGUUGUGGGUGUUGCUGGCUGAGGCCAAAGUCAUUUUCAUCAGUGCCAAAAGGUAACUCUAUAACCAUUAAGUUACUUUCCAUUCCACCCACACUCCAUCCUGCCAUCAAAUCAGCUCCAAUUCAAUAUAACAGAACACUGCCCAGUCAGUCCUUCGCUGUCCUCACAAUUGUUGCUGUUUGAGCCACUGUUGCAGCCACUGUGUCAAUCCAUUUCAUUGAGGGUCUUUUUUUGUGUGUGUAUCCUCUACCUUACCAAGUAUGAUGUCCUUUUUCAUGGACUGAAUCCUCCUGAUAACAUGUCCUACGUACAUGAGAAGUCUUGCCAUUCUUGCUUUCAAGGAGUACUUUAGUCCACAAAAUGUCGUCUUUGUUUUUGCAACACUUUAAAGAGGUCUUUUGCAGCCGAUUUGUCUAAUGCAUAUAUCAUUUGAUUUCCUGACUCUACUCCCAUGGGUGUUUAUUGUGGAUCCACGUAAAAUGAAAUCCUUGACAACUUCAGUAUUUUCUGUGAUUAUCAUGAUGGCCCAGUUGUGAGGAUUUUUGUUUUAUGUUGAGGUGUGAUCCAUAAUGAAGGCUGUAGUCUUUGAUUUUCAUCAGUAAGUGCUUCAAGUCCUCUUCUCUUUGUUCAGGCAAGGUUGUGUCAUCUCCAUAUGGCAGGUUGUUAAUCUUGAUGCCUUGUUUUUCUUCAUAUACUCCAGCUUCUCAGAUUAUUUGCUCAGCAUACAGAUUAAGUAUAGUGAAAGGAUACAAACCUGAUGCAUAUUCGUGUCCAAUGCAUCAAAUCUAUUCUUGAGAUGGUCUUCAAAUUCAGGUGGGAUAGAUUCAAGGUGUAUUUUGGUUUUCAUGGACCACUAAUCUGCUUCCUCUAUGAAUUUGUCUAUUUUGCAUAUUCCAAAUAAAUGGAAUCAUACACUACGUGAUCAUUUGUGUCUGACUUCUUCACUUAGCAUAAGGAUUUUGAGGUUUAUCCACGUUGUGCUCCUUUGCCCAUUUUUAAAUUGCAUGGUUGAAUUGUUGAGUUGUUAGCCUUUUUUUUUUCCCCUGUAUUUUGGAUAUUAGAUCUUUAUCACAUAUAUAAUUUGCAAAUAUUUUCUCCCAUUCUGGAGGUUUUCGUCACUUGAUAAUGUCUGUAAUGGUUGUCAACUUGACUGGGCCAUGAAUCUCAGUGUUUUGGCAGUUAUGUAAAGAUGUAAUCACCUCCAUGAUGAGAUAUGAUAUAAUCACUUUCAUGAUGAGAUUUGCUGUGAGCAGCCAAUCAGUUGAAAGCUGGUUUCCUUUGAUGUGGUCUGCAUCCAAUAUAUAUGGUCUUUCUGGCAAAGCUCACUGGCUUUUGCUUGUUCUGGAUCAUGCAUCCCACUUGUCAACAUCCUACCUUUGAUUCUUGGGACUUGAGCCCGUGGUUUGCCAUAUUGCCUGCCAAUGAUGGGAUUUGUUGGCCUCCACAGCCUGUGAGCCAGCAGCCUGCCAUGUUACCUGCUGAUCUUGGAUCUGUCAGCCUCUGAAGCCCAUGAUCCAGCAGCCUGUUGUCUGACUGCUGAUCUUGGGUUCAUCAGCCCAUGAUGCUAUGUGAGUCAGGAGAAGCCUCCAGCCUGACACCUGAUCCAUGGACUUGGGACUUGUCAGCCUUUACCAUCGUAUUAGUCAUUUCCUUGUAAUAAAUCUCUAUCUAUGUAUACGUACACACACACACACACACACACACACACACACACACGAGCUUCACUGGUUUUCUUUAGAGAACCCAGCCUAAGACAUUUGGUACCUAGCAUGGUUCUACAGAAACAAAAUUUUAAGGAUGAGCUUUCUAAAUUGGUUCUCAAGCCUGGUUAGUCUUAAAGAUGUUGAUUACUCUGCUUCCAGUAGUAAAGAAAAAAAAAAAAGAAGGCAAUAUUAGUCUGUGACAUGAGGUGGCAAUAGAAAUACGCAACAUAUCACCACCAAUAGAUCAAGUAUUGGUGAGAGGUGAGGCUCUGGGUGAUCACAUUUGAUACUUUUCUACAAUCUUGUCAGAAUGAGAAAGGUAAGGAAGCUGGUUAGUUGGUCCUUUCAACUAGACAAAAUGGUGAGAAAAGAGAUGAGCUCAGGGCUUCAGAGUCAAAGCUCAAGCACCACAUAAAUGACCUCAAAGUUGCCAUUUGUGCCCUAAAAGGAAGCCUAUUUCUUGUAGUAACAGAGCUGAUAUUGCCGAAAACCAAACGCAGAGUAGUAUCCUAAGAGUGGCUGAAUUACACUACUUGAAUUCCCACACUCAAAUGGUGUCUGAAGUUAAAGCAAGGGCAUUGAUUGGGAAGAAAUGGGAUCCUGAAACUUGGGAUAGGGACAUAUGGGCAGAUAAUCAGGAAACUUGAGACACAGAGCCCAUAAAUUCCAUUGAAUUGCUCCUGCCAACAAAACCAUUAGCCCCUCCACCCCCAUCUGAUGACAUUUACCCAGCUGUGUCUGAAAAGCCUUUGAGAUAGCACCUGGAGCAGUGUCUGAGUCAUUGCCUGGUGCAUCAUCUGAGGCAAAUGUCUUACACAAGACAUUGAUGAAUGUUUUCAGUACUUAUCCCCGCCAGUCAUUUUUGCUUCUAGACCUAUAACUACAAUUAAGUUCCAGUGAGCCCCACGAGGUGAAAUACAAAGUGACUCAGGAGGAGGUACUUUACACUCCAAAAGAACUGCUUCACUGACAGCGUUGUACUUCAGUAUAGAUCUUGAAAUGUGCCUUUUGAUGAUGAUGAAUAUAACACCAUUCCUCUUCAAGUUAUCGUUCCUGGCAUAGUAGACCGUAUGAUUGUUCCAUUAGAAAUAGCCAAUACCAGUCCAUUUCAGCUCACUAAUGCUGAUACUAAUGCUAACACUAGUCCAUUUCAUCUUUGACAAUUUCCAGUUUUCCUAGAGUCUUAUUUUGUAUAUUCCACGUUCUGAUUAUUUAUGAAUCUUUGUAGCUGUUUCUUCUCAUUUUGAGUUGGGCCACAUCACCAAAUGAAGGUCCCGAAAACUUGACUCCAUACACGUCAUUAAGGUUGAUUCUACUUUGAGGAGACAGCUCUUCUCCAGUCGUGUUUGAGUGCCUUGCAACUGGGGGGCUCAUCUUCUGGCACUGUAUCAAUGUUCUGCUGCUAUUUAUAAGGUUUUCACUGGUAAUUCUUUUCAGAAGUAGAUCACCGGGUCCCUCUUCCUAGUCUUUGUUAAUCUGGAAGCUCAGGUGAGGACUGUCUGCCAUGGGUGACCCUGCUAAUAUUUCAAUAACGGUGGCAUAGCUUCCAGCAUCACAGCAACACACAAGCCCCCACAGUAUGACAAACUGAGAGACGUGUUGUGGCUUCAACAGUGCUGGGAAAAUUGGAUUUCCACAUGCAGAAAAAUGAAACAGAAUCCAUUCCUCACACCAAACACAAAAAACAAUUUAAAAUCAGUCAAGGACCCAAACGCUAAAUCUAAAAUUAUAAAAUUCUCAGAAGAAAAUAUGGGAACAAAGCUAUGGGACCUAGAUUUGUUUUUUUUUAAUAACAAUAUAUAUAACAAAAGCAUGAGCAGCAGAUGGCAAAAUAUAUCAUUGGGACCUCAUGAAAAUUAAAAUACUUUUCAUCAAAUAGUAGAAAACAAUCUACUGGCUGGUAAAA